AUGGCUUGCAGCCUGAAGGACGAGCUGCUCUGCUCCAUCUGCCUGAGCAUCUACCAGGACCCGGUGAGCUUCGGCUGCGAGCACUACUUCUGCCGCCGGUGCAUCACCGAGCACUGGGUGCGCCAGGAACCCCAGGGCACCCGUGACUGCCCUGAGUGUCGCCGAACCUUUGCCGAACCCACCCUGGCCCCCAGUCUCAAGCUGGCCAACAUCGUGGAGCGUUACAGCGCCUUCCCCUUGGACGCCAUCCUGGGUGCCCAGCGCAGCCCCUUCCCCUGCAAGGACCACGAGAAGGUCAAGCUCUUCUGCCUCACCGACCGCGCCGUUGUCUGCUUCUUCUGCGACGAGCCUGCCGUGCACGAGCAGCACCAGGUCACCAACGUGGAUGACGCUUUCGAGGAGCUGCAGCGGGAGCUGAAGGAGCAGCUCCAGGGGCUGCAGGAGAGCGAGCGUGGCCACACCGAAGCUCUGCACCUCCUCAAACGGCAGCUGGCUGAGACCAAGUCCUCAGCCAAGAGCCUGCGGGUGACUAUUGGGGAGGCUUUUGAGCGGCUACACCGGCUGCUGCGGGAGCGGCAGAAGGCGAUGCUGGAGGAGCUGGAGGCAGACACGGCCCGGACGCUGACCGACAUCGAGCAAAAGAUCCAACGCUACAGCCAGCAGCUCCGCAAGGUGCAGGAGGGCAGCCAGAUCCUCCAGGAGCGCUUGGCCGAAGCCGACAAACACGUCUUUUUAGCCGGCGUCGCUUCCCUUUCCGAGAGGCUGAAGGGAAAGAUCCACGAGACCAACCUGACCUAUGAGGACUUUCCCACCUCCAAAUACAUGGGGCCACUGCAGUACACCAUCUGGAAAUCCCUUUUCCAGGAUAUCCAUCCCGUGCCAGCAGCCCUGACGCUGGACCCCGGCACUGCUCACCACCGCCUGAUCCUCUCCGACGAUUGCACCAUCGUGGCGUACGGCAACCUGCACCCCCAACCGCUGCAGGACUCCCCCAAACGCUUCGAUGUGGAGGUCUCGGUCUUGGGUUCAGAGGCGUUCGGCAGCGGGGUCCACUACUGGGAGGUGGUGGUCUCCGAGAAGACCCAGUGGAUGAUCGGUUUGGCCCAUGAAGCCGUCACCCGCAAGGGGAGCAUCCAAAUCCAACCCAGCCGAGGUUUUUAUUGCAUCGUCAUGCACGACGGCAACCAGUACAGCGCCUGCACCGAGCCCUGGACCCGGCUCAACGUCAAGAGCAAGCUGGAGAAGGUGGGGGUCUUCCUGGACUACGACAAGGGGCUUCUCAUCUUCUACAACGCCGAUGACAUGUCCUGGCUCUACACCUUUCGGGAGAGGUUUCCUGGCAAGCUCUGCUCCUAUUUUAGCCCUGGGCAGAGUCACGCCAAUGGGAAGAACGUCCAGCCCCUCCGGAUCAACACCGUUCGCAUCUAA